AGCCUUGCCUAGUUCCUCCAGCGUUUCUGGCCAUCCCCCGGGCAAGCUCCGCACCACCAAGGAGGCGCCGGUGCUGCCGCGGGCUAAGUCGUCUCCCUUUUCCCUCCUCGCCGCCGCUUUUCCCUAUUGCGACUCCCGCUUUCCCGCCUGGGUUUGCAGCAGCUGGGGCUCGGCCGCUCCUUCCAAGCCCGCCCGCCGGCCAGGCGCGGACGCUGCGAGCGGCGGGCGCCGCGCAAGGCUGAAGCCGGAGCGGGCCCCGCAAUGGCCAAGCAGUACGACGUGCUCUUCCGCCUGCUGCUCAUCGGGGACUCCGGUGUGGGCAAGACCUGCUUGCUGUGCCGCUUCACCGACAACGAGUUCCACCCGUCGCACAUCUCCACCAUCGGAGUUGAUUUUAAAAUGAAGACGAUUGACGUAGAUGGAAUUAAAGUCCGAAUACAGAUCUGGGAUACUGCAGGUCAGGAGCGAUACCAGACCAUCACCAAACAGUAUUACAGACGUGCCCAGGGGAUAUUCUUGGUGUAUGACAUAAGCAGUGAACGCUCAUAUCAGCAUAUAAUGAAGUGGGCCAGUGAUGUGGAUGAGUAUGCUCCAGAGGGUGUCCAGAAGAUCCUCAUUGGGAAUAAAGCGGAUGAAGAAGAGAAGAGGCAAGUAGGCAGAGAGCAAGGCCUCCAGCUGGCCAAAGAGUAUGGCAUGGAUUUUUAUGAAACAAGUGCCUGCACCAACUUGAAUAUCAAAGAGUCUUUCACUCGUCUGACAGAGCUGGUCCUGCAGGCCCACAAAAAGGAGCUGGAGGGACUCCGUGCGUAUGCAGCUGACGAACUGAACCUGGUUGAGCUGGAGGAAGAGGCAAGCAAGCCAGAGGGCACAGAGCACUCUUCCAAGACCUGCUGGUGCUGAGGGCUUCCCAGUGUCCUUCCUUUUCCUUCCCACCCCUAGAGUGCAGGUAGAAAGGUUGUCACCUGAAGAGGGCUGGCUUGCUGUGCUCCAUCCUUCUGGUCAUUGGUGGCCGGCCGGCCUGCCCACCAUCUGCCCUACUGGAUCCUCCUUGGGUUUCCUGGUGUUUCUCCUUGAUUGGUGGUUUCUGUUGUCCCCAAAAUGCCCUGGAUCCAAAUCUCUUCAGAUGGCUCAUGAUAUGCAGAAUAUCACCUUGUCGCCUACCUGGAAGAAACUGUGGUUGGCAGCCACGGUUGAUUGGCCUCUCAGGCAUCCUGGUGUGCCGCAGCCCUUGCCCCCUUCCCGUGGGCAGGUGAGCCACUUGGGGUUUGUUCCUGUGCCUGACGGGUCUGAGCCCAUCCUCUCAAGAACAAGGGUGUUCAGGGAGAGGGGGCUGUUUCUGUCCCAGUUUCCCAGGCAGACCAUUCGCUAUAACCCACUUUGCAGCACAAGCCUGCAGAUGGUUUGUUACUCUUGCCACCCUACACUUCUCACCAGAUGCUUUGCCUUGUGUCAGUUCAUGGCCUGUCCUGAUGCCCUGGCCGUGCAACUGGGUGCAGAGUCCUGGCAGGCACUGACCUACGAGAGUUGGGGCUCUGCUGUUGCCUCAGAGGCAGGAUCUCCUCCAUCUGGGGCUGUCUGGAAUUUACUGUUAAUUCUUGUAGACCUUUUGCCAAAAAAUUGGAUUGUUCUCCAAAAAGUACGUAACAGCCAUCUUGACCUGGUAAAUAUAUGUGGUGGGAACAACAGAAGUCUAGCUGUCCUAGGAAGGGGGUUGUAUAGUGACAUUGGUAGCUUUAAUUCAGAUGCGCCUUACCAGUUACAGAGAAAGGAAUGUUUGCUUCUUCCUAGCCAGACUAGACUCGAUAUCUAAGAACCCCUUAGAACCCUGUGUUGUACAAGAAGGACAGGCCUUUCCCUGUGACUUACUUAAAAUGUUUAGGGAAUGUUUCCUUGGCUCCUCUUGCGUGUUGGGGGGGGCACUACAAGUAUAUCAGCUACCCACUGAGACGGUAUAUCUCUGUACCAGUGGAGACAGAGAGCCAAUCCUAUCUACAUGGCCCAGGUUCUGACCUGGCUUUGAGAGCUCCCUUGGAAGGAUUUCCCGAUAAUAAACUCCCCCAAAGCUCUGGUAUGUAAACAAACAUUAUAACCCGUGCCUAGAACCUUCCACUAUUUUUUACACUCAAGGUCCAGCCUGCAAGAAGUUGCUGAAGACCUCUCUGUGAGGUCCUGAAAUGCAAGCUGGUUUGUCCCAGUGAGGUGAUUUUUGCCAUGCGCAACUAACCGUGCUCAUUCAGAGCAAGCCAAAACCCACAUGCAUGUUGCACGGGCAUCCUCCUUCUGGCUGAUUAUCAACUUAUUCCAUGGGGAAGGCCAAACACGCUCAGUGGCAUGCCCUCGUAUUCUAAUCUUAUAUGCCUGCCUGCUCCAGAGUAGUUGCUCCCUAUGUACCUUGGGGAUGCUGUGAGCACUCUUCUCUGUACACCUGCCGGAAAUAGAUUAUAGUUGCUGAUUCAGAAGCAAUGUCUGUUGCCAGGAGGCAUUCUGGCUGGGAUGGGGUGUCCAUACAGAGAUCUCCUCCUGCCAUUGGACCUGAGCCAUCCAGUCCAUAGUAAUUGUGUGCCGUAAGCUCCUGUUUCCUAGCCACAAGCAAAUGCCAGAUGGCAGACAGACCUACAUCCCUGUGCUUUUUCCUUCUUCUCCUGUAUGUUGACUUCGCCCAACAUUUUGUGGAGCUGAUUUAAUGAUGUCCCCAAGGAGGAAACAGGAAUAGCGCAGGAAGUGAAACUAAGUUGGCUUGACUCAAGUGUUUGGCAGUUCCAAAAAGGCAACACUUUAAAUUGUGUAUCCUUUUGUUUUACCUCUUGUGCUGGGUGGCUUUGAACUGCUGUAGAGCCAUUAAAAUGUACGGACAUCAUGAUGUUCUACACAUACCAUCUUCUGCUGGCAUAAGGGUCAUUUUGCCUUGGGGCAGUUAAGAAUCGUCCCAUUUUGGGAUCUGUUGAGAAGACAUGAAAUGGUUAACCCCCAGAGAGGGGGGUUCUGUCAGUAUCAGUGUGAGGCCAGAGACUUCAGAGACAUUAAUUAGAGACGUAAGUAGCCAUUAUUAGCCAACUGGCAUUUUGUGGAGUCUACUAGAAAAUGUUAAAUUGCAUUUAACAUGAGUUCAGGGAGAACGUCACGGUAAAGUAGAAAGUUUUGUUCGAAGAGGGCAAAGACAGGAAAAUGGAAUGUGCCAAAGCAAGAGAAGUUUGCUCCCAUGUCUUUCAUGCAGCCUGAACACUGUUGGCCAAUUUUUGGAAAUGUUAUCAGAGCUUAUGGUCUCUGGUCCAAAAUCAGCUACAAGGGGGAAAUGGAGGCCAGUUCGUGUGGGCUCUCCUGUAAAAUCUGAUACUUUUUACUUUUCUGAAAUAUCGUCUGUAUGGUUGUAUUCAGAACUUGAUUUUUUUUCCUUUUAGACUACAUCUUCCUGAAUCCCUCAACCAGCAUAGGCACUGUCUCUGCUAAUAGGGAGAAUUCUAGAAGCUGCAGUCUUAAAAAAAAAAACUUUCCUCUGUUCUGUGUACAAGAUGAACGGGCUUGUUGUGAGACAAGGCACCUGCUUGGUUCUGUGGCUUUUUAAACCAUGGUAGGAAGGCUUACGUAGGGUGGCCUUGGCACUUGAAUGUGAAGAGAAAUUUUAAAUAACCUAUUUGCCAUGUGCUUAGAACAAUUGGGGGUGGGGGGGAGAAUAAAACAAAUAACCUGCAAAUGUGGCCAACCUGCAGAAUAGUUGUAUGAAUGGGUAACUCUAUGUUUCUUUCACAUACUGUUUGUAAAAACUCUUGUGGUGUGAGCUGCCCUGAGAAAAGUCUGAUUCCAGAUCCUGUAAACCAGACAGAUAAAAAGUAUUGGUCCUUGGCAGAUCCAUGGCUGUUUUUCUCCUCUAUAACCUUUCCUUGCCUGUUAAGAGUCCAGCAUCAUGUUGGUGCUGUUUUCUCCAAUUACAAUCUGAAAACGUUGCUCUUCUUUCAUUAGUAUAAUAGAAACUGGCCUGCUGAUGCUGUUACCAACGCACAAGAUCAAUUGCAGUGUAUCUUCACUACAGCAUGUGAGGAAAGAGUUGUGGGUGUGUGAGACUCUUUGCCUAUCUCUGGAGUAAACUGGAACUCUUAUUGCCCUUAGACCGAGCCAUGACUCUUUCUAGAGUGCAGAUACUUGCAAGCUGCAUAUGAGAGGUGUGUAGAUUCGUAUUUUUGAACUAUUGCAAGGCUGCCUGGGGAAUUCUGGUCACUGUAAUAGAAAACACAGAUCUACACACCUCUGGUCUUGAUGAAGCCUCUGGGUUGUUGUUAGGCAACCCUUCCGUGAGGAGCAGUGUCUCCUCUUAUCUGAUGCCAGUUCUCUCUCUGCAGGUAUAGAGGGGCCCUUCUGUAGUGGCCACAAAGGGCUCCCUGGAUAUCAGGCCAGUGUGUGAGAGGGAAAGUGUGGAGGAUACUGGGAAUCUGGUUAUAAACAGUACAGUAUUUGGAGUUAUGGGUUCUAGCAACUCAUCUGUCCGUAGCGGAAACUGUUACACACGCAAUGUUGUGAAGGAUCCAGCCAAACUUGCAUCUUUCUGAAUCCUCUGCUGUGUCUGUAACUUGUGAACUUUGCACUCUGACUGGGUUCCCUUGUAUGAUCUGUCAUUGUAAUCCAUUAUUUUAAACAAAGAAACAGAACUUUACAAAAUAAAGAGUCUCUCAAAGU